GGAGUAUCGUUGACCCUACUCUCCCUUCAAUGUUUCUAACUUCCCAUCUUUGUCCAAACCCCACAAGCCUUUGCUUCUCCUCCAAAACAACACACAAAAACCCAAUUGAAUUCUCCGGACUCUUCCACCCAGUUGACUUGAAACUAAAGAAAAAUCAAACCCACAUUUCCUUCUUUCUGAAAACCCCAUAAUGCUUCUCUGCUAAAACCCCCAUUUCUUGACCUUUCCUUCCUCUCUUUCUCGCAAAAAACCCAGACCCACGAGAGAGGGAGCCGUUUUUGAUUGAUGGGUGUGUUUUCUUUUCACAGAGGCUCGAGAACAGCGACGACCCACGAAGCCUUGCCGGUCUCCGCCGCCGGGGCUUCGCCGGCGAACAAGCGAAGAUGGUUCAAUCUUAUGCCUUUCGUCGUGGCCCUUGUGGUCAUUGCGGAGAUCUCGUUCUUGGGUAAGCUUGAUUUGGCCAAUAAAGCUGCUUUCGUGGAUUCUUGGACGGAGUUGUUCGCGCCGAGUUCGAUGGUGGGUCGUGAUGAUUUGGGCCUGGCGGGUAAUGAUGAUUUGGGCCUGCUGAGUUGUGAGGGAUGGUUGGAGAGAGAGGAUGCUGUGGAGUAUUCCAGAGAUUUUGGGAAGGAGCCCGUUUUGGUUACUGGGGAUGAGAAGGACUGGAAAUCUUGUUCGGUCGGAUGCCAGUUCGGAGGCAAUUCCGCCAGAAAACCUGAUGCUUCUUUUGGUUUAGCUAAUCAAGAUGGGACAGCCAGUGUUCUCCGAUCCAUGGAAUCAGCUCAAUACUAUGCAGAGAACAAUAUUAAUAAUGCAAGACGGAAGGGUUAUAAUAUCAUUAUGACAACUAGUCUCUCAUCGGAUGUUCCUGUUGGAUAUUUUUCUUGGGCCGAGUACGACAUCAUGUCACCUAUCCAGCCUAAGACUGAGAAAGCCCUUGCAGCUGCAUUUAUUUCCAACUGUGGUGCUCGCAACUUCCGCUUACAGGCUCUUGAAGCACUUGAAAAGACUAACAUCAAGAUAGAUUCUUAUGGUGGUUGCCACAGAAACCGUGACGGAAAAGUGGACAAAGUUCAAACUCUGAAGCGCUAUAAGUUCAGUUUGGCAUUUGAGAAUUCCAACGAGGAGGAUUAUGUUACUGAGAAGUACUUCCAAUCUCUAGUUGCCGGAACUAUACCUGUAGUUGUUGGUCCUCCAAAUAUUGAAGAUUUCUCUCCUGGUCCUGGUUCAAUUUUAUACAUCAAGGAGCUAAGUGAUGUUGAGUCAGUUGCCAAGACCAUGAAAGAACUUGCAGACAAUCCUGAAGCAUAUAAUCAGUCACUAAGAUGGAAGUAUGAGGGCCCAUCUGAUUCUUUCAAGGCCCUUGUGGACAUGGCAGCAGUACAUUCAUCAUGCCGUCUUUGCAUUCACUUGGCAACUAAAAUUCAAGAGAAAGAAGAAAGCAGCCUAGAGUUCAAAAGACGACCUUGUAAGUGCACCAGAGGCUCAGGAGUCGUGUAUCACUUAUAUGUGAGAGAAAGAGGGAGAUUUGAGAUGGAAUCCAUUUUCAUAAGGUCGGGCAAUCUGACUCUUGAGGCCUUUGAAUCUCUGGUGCUCACAAAGUUCAAAUCUCAGAAACAUGUGCCCAUUUGGAAACAAGAAAGACCUGGAGUCUUGAGAGGAGGAGACGACUUUAAAAUUUAUAGAAUAUAUCCUGUUGGUUUGACACAGAGGCAGGCUUUAUAUACCUUCAGAUUUAAUGGAGAUGCUGAUUUUAGAAGUCACGUUGAAAGCAACCCGUGUGCAAAGUUUGAAGUCAUAUUCGUGUAGAUUGAUAUAUGCAAUUUGUGCCAACUUUUAGUCAUUCUCCACUCAUACACUUAUGGAGAGAUAUUGAGGUGAUCACAUCACAUUCGGGCAACUUUGUUAUGUCCUCUAUGUACACGUUGAUUGUUACAGGAAUCUUUAGGAAGGUGAUAGAUUAUUGAUGAUAUGACCAGCUAAUUGUGAACCCUUAACAAAUAGGGGAAAAAAGAAUGAAGUCCAGAUUUACAUCUC